CAAGAGCAAAAACCACAAUCAUUAAAUGGAUACGAUUUAAUCAAGCCAGAAAAUAGCUCUAAAAAUGUGAACAAGAUUCAACAACGGGCGGUGAGUCUGGAGCUGUUGAAAACUAUGAACAUCUUCAAGAGGGGAGACGACGAGAUGCAGCCGUUGUUUACUGGGCUGGACUUCCUACGGGACGGGAGAAUGGUCGCCGUGGAUAACAAAAACUGUAAAUGUUUUAUUUUGAGAGACACACUGAAGAGGUUCGACACAUUUUAUAAAUUUAAGACAUAUCCUCGUGACGUAACUUCUUACUGUGAUAACAAUAUUGCAGUAAGCGUUAGUGACGGAGAUAUCCGAGCCAUCUGCCUGCUGACAGUGGGCAGUGACAACACGAUCACGCUGAUGAAUACGCUGACCACGUCCACCAAAUGCUUCUCCAUCUGUCCCCUGAACGACCGCACGUUCUUAGUGAGCACUUAUGACGACCCGAGCCCUGCACGAAUGAUUGACGUAGACGGCAAUGAAAGCGAAUUUGAUAACGUGAAGUUUCCUGGAAAGAUGUAUAAAAAUUGGGAAAGUCUCUGUACCUACGUACCAUCCAGGGUUACUCUUGUCCUUACAGACAGGUAUGCUCACACAGUUUACAUGUACGACACCGUGACCGGCAACAACACCGAGGUAAAAAAUGACCAGAUACGAGAACCCAGAGGCACCUGUGUAUGUCCCGAUGACUCCGUGUUUGUCUGCAUUAAGAACACGAACUCCAUCAUCCAGAUAUCGUCCGACGGGGAGAUAUUGGCGUCAUGUGACGUCGACAUGGAAUAUCCGUUCGCCGUUUCCGUCUCCAGUGAUGGCUCGAAAAUGGCCGUGACCAACUGUUUGAUAGGCGGUAUGAAACUGAAACUGUUUAAAAUAAAACAAUAAAAGAAAAUUUGUCAAGAUUGGUAAUAAAUACAAGUGUAAUGUAUUAUUUAUUAUGAAAGUAAAUAAAUAUAACUUUCUGUUUUAAAAUAAUAUGUGAAUAGUUUGCAAAUCAGAGGGGAUGAGAGGGCUGACGGGUCAAAUUCCAACUUCCUCCAUGAGAACCCAAAACUGUUCGCCGAUCUCGAGUAUGUUGAAAGGCCACGAUGACGUCAUCAUUCAUCACUCCAGCAUAUCCUGUUCGAGAUUUGCCAGUCUUGACGUGUCAACUGACAUUCAAUCUUUGGGAUCAGGUGGCUUUAUUUCAUUUGACCGAAGUUAGAACGACGUAGUUAGUUAAAUGUCCAAAGAAGGGAAUGCAUAGCACCCGUGGUAAAAAGUUGAUUUGUAUUUAGUCAAUGUAUGUUUGUAUGUAUACAAGCUGUUCAUGGUUAUUUUUAUAGAAAUGUUUAAUGAUACAUUCAUGUAGGUGAUUGGCAGCCAUAUAAAAUGAAGGAAACUUGCCAUUUGCCAGAGGGUUUAAAAUCCUUCCCCUCACAUAUCCCGUUGUGUACCAAAUGUACUUCAGCUGCUAUUCGAAUCAUGCGCAACAACUGCCAUAAAUUUAUAUCACGAGACUGCGUACUAAAUAUAGCGUGUAUUUCUAGGUUCCGCGUACCACGUAGCACCCUCUAGGGCCCCGAAUACUUACUACAAGCCCCUGAAUAUAACGUACUUAAAAGGGGGUUUCUGCCUCAUAGCAGUCCCCAUCAGUAUUUAGGUACCAUCGUAAACAACCUCAUUAAAACCUAAAAACAUGCAUCGACAGCGGUUUCUCAGUAUCACUUGUUUAUA